AUGUUGGGAGAGGCUCAGCUGGCCUCAAAUUCCACUAUUUCAGGCAUUAGUCUGUUACAAGACUCAUCGCUUGCACCUCGUGGAGAGACUACUGCGGAGGUUGGCGCAGAAGGCAAAGUAGGAGGAGUUCAGCAGCCAGCCGCACCGGAUGCAGCCAGCACACCUCAGCCGUCCUCUCCGCAAGCAAGCGUCAGGGAAUCGCCCGAGACUUUCCCAGGAAGUGUUGCUGCAACACAGCGACAACCACCUUCGGCAUCGCAAUUUUCACAGGGCACCACUGUUCUGAAGGGAGUGACAGUAGCGAUUAGCUCUGUUAUUAUUCAAGGAGUCAAAGUUACGCAAGUUGCAGCCUUUAAAGGCGGAUCUGUUGUGGCUGUUUUUAAUCUCACCACCACCAGUGCAGAAAAGGCCAAGCUUCUUCAGGACAUAUCUGACCUAGCUAAAAAUCCAGAGGCUAUUUUUGAUCUGACCUGGGAGGCUACUUCGCCCACAGCAGGAAGGCUGAAACUGAAAUUGGAAUCAAGCUACAAUGCGGCGGCUAGCAAGCCUAGUGUGACAUUAACACUGGCCUUUAAACAUGUGGUGGGCACAAGGGAAAUCGUUGACACGGUGACCGCUAGCAUUCCAAAGACAACGGUUCUGGAAUUUAAGCAGCUUGCAGAUUUUAAAGGUUGGCUGGCGGCAAAUUGCCAUCCACCGAUCCUCAAACAGGCGGAUGCCUUUCACAUUUUACGACUAGCAUUGACUAGCGCGGAAAAACAAAAAAAUGAGGUCAGAGGAGAGGAGCAAGCUCUGAAGUGGCUUCAUAUGAUCGCUGCAAGAAAAGACCCUGUCUUGCCCGUGUCUGGGGAACUAGAGCGCAAUGCCAUCAUCGAGAUCCCUUUCGUUGAGGACCUCACAUGGCCGUUGCUGUUGAAGCUUAGGGCUCUGGUUGACGAGUCUGCUAAGGGGCACACCCCUAUCAGCUCUUUCGCAGGAAAGAUUCCAGGGCUCAAAACGGAAAGGUUCACUGUGCCAUCCUCAUGGUUCGAAUUAUCACCCGAACAACAAUAUGAGCUCUGGCUAAAAGGAAGGCAACCAGGAACUACAGGGGUUAGCCCUGGGCAGCUCAACAUCACAGGGCUGUUCGGUCCUCAAUACACAGCCGGAACUCCGCAAAUUUUCUUUUAUGAUCAUACUGGCCAGCCAUUUGGUUCCAACAAACAACGCGACAAUGUGUCACUCUUUGGAACCCGCCUUACGCCUGUCGAAAAGGUUCCAGACUACGUUGCAGGACAAUUUUCACCAGCGCUAAGCGCAAAAAUCGUUUUCCCUGGAGGGAGCUCAGCAGUUCACGUUAUAAGCCCAGUGCGGGAAUGGCACAAAAUCGAAAAGCGGUAUCCCGAUCUGCGCGCUGCUCUCGCUCCUAAGGAACCUGAGAAGAAUGGCGCAUUACUCAGCGUUACCAUAAACGGAAAGGUCUACCCACUUGUAGCAGACUUUGUAGAAAUGUAUCCAACACUUCUUCAUUUACUGGCACACCUUGCUACUGAAAACCCGGCAUUUGUGGUCAACGACAUCAGCCUAAAUUUUGGAGCAAGUGUGCCGCGUUCAGUCAAAUCCAUAUUUAUUUUGGAAACUCCUGAAGGCAUUCAGCCUUGGUGUAUGUUUCAAUACGACAUUUCAAUCACCAGAAGAAAUACAAUUGUCAUCAAAUCUCUUCUGAAGAAGGCUCGCCAAGCCGCGGAGUCUCCAGCCGGAUGCAAUAUUGUCAAUGCCAAGGGGUUGCGAUUCGAAACGAUUACUGCAGUGGCAAAUGUGACGCAGAUGCAGCCUGAACUCAAGACAGAGAACAGACAGGAGCUAAACUUCAAGGGUUCUUCAGCCGAAUGCAAGCGCUUAGGAGCAAUAUUCACGGAGGCGCACAGGCGAGGCCAGGCGCUUGCCUUAUACUUUAGUGCAACGCACCUGCUAAAAGGAAGCGUGGAAAUUCCUAGAUUCGACAAAGAUGGCCGGGAAAGAAAACCUAGCUUCAAAACAGUGACGUCUAGGGUCAAAAUAAACGAAAAAUAUCCGGAUCUUCUAAAAGAUUUUCAAAAACCUUUCUGGAAGUACAAAGUGCCAACCAUGGAAUUUCCAUACGUUCAGUCUCCAGGGAAGCCGGAAGCAAGCGCUCUACCGGAAGGGUUCAUUCCAGAAGCAUGGUAUCAUCAGGCGCCUGCCAAAGUGAAACUUAUCUGGCAUCCUCAGUUCCCAAUACUUGGCGGUCAAGACACUUUUACUGAUGGAACUGGCGCACACGUGACAGGGGAAACAGUAAACGUGCCUCUGCGCCCAGGCACUUCGGCCCUAACGGGCCCUUUUACCGUCAUACAGACUUGGCUUCGACAGCACAUCCCUCAUUUGCAACUUCCAGUAGAUCUUGAAAGCAUGCCUGCCGAAGAUCGCAACUCUCUAUUCACCAAGAUUGUAAUUGAAGUUGAAGGCGGCGAGAGGAUGAGGCUGAUAGAUAUUCUCAAGCCCCUACUACACACACCGAAUUGGAAGGCAUUAAAGCCUGAAGAUUUACAAGUACCGUUUCACCUUUUAACCUUGCCGAUCAAGAACAUGUUUGUCGAGGGUGGAUUGGACUUCGUCGUUACAACACCCAGCGGGGGACAAGAAUCGCACACAGUUCCCAUUCGUCCUGGUGAAACUUGGGAGACAGCUGCUGACAACUUUUUCCAUCGUUAUCCCCAGUUCGAAAGGAAAACAACAAAAUUGUCUCUAUUUGACAGUGAUGGAAAUCCGAUCACUCUUCGUCCGGACUCCUCGGUCUACAUAGGAGUCAAAGAAGCUAUCCAACAGCGUCGUAAGGGGUUGCAAAUCACUUUGGAGACGCCUUUUGGAAAGAUCACAGCAUGUUAUCGCCUGGACGUGGAAAAAGGCAAAUGCCUUGUUGUUUCAAUGCACACGGUGUUCUGUGGAAAGAUCAAAGGCAUCUCCGACCGCGCUGAACGCUGGCAAAAACAGUGCAACGCUGCUGAUAUGAAAAGUACAAGCGUUGAUGAGGUACAGCGUUUCAUGGAACAAACUUUGAGAGGAGCUGACCUUGUUCGCCCAGUCAGGCUUCGUGACCUGCUGGCGCUCAUGAGGAAACACGUUGCGUCGACAAGGCCCGAUUUGCUAGCACAAUUAAACUUGCCGGACCCAGCUAUUUCACAGGCGGAAAUCACGAAGAUUAAAUCUCAAAUCGAAGCCAUCAGAGCAAAGCCAAACAAGACGGCAGAAGAUUAUGAUGAAAUUCAGCGACAAAGGCGCCAAAUAAAGAUGAUUCUAGCAAGAGAAACGAAGUGGGCAGUUCCGUCAGCCCUCACAUUCUUUUAUUUGGGAGAAAAGGGGGUGGAAAGAGAUUUAAGCGUGCCUAUCAAAGAUCCGGAACUAAGGCUCUCUGAUGAAUUUUGGAAAGUUUUCCACCAUGCCACUCGCCAGUCGCCGGAAGCUGCAUCAAUGGACUUUGCAAACGUCUACGAUAUUUCCUUUCGUGUGCUGGGAAUGGAAGAAAGGAAGGAAGAAAAGAGGCGAAUAAAGCACAAAGUAAAGUUGGAGAAAAAAGAAGAAAAAGCAGCUACCCAAAUUAAGAUUAAAGUCAAGGUUGAGUUUGAUGUUGAUAACGAAGAAUCUUCUUCGGAUACUGGUGUUGAAGUCAACAUUCCCGCGGAUUUCAACACAGGCCUGACAAUCGGAGGAAAGCGCAGUAUCGUAACGCAACUAUCCAAAAUCUACAAAAUCCCCCGAAGCUACUUUACUUUCGAAGGGUAUCCACGUGUCGUAACGGACCCUACCAAAGGGGAACUGCCAAUUCUAAAAGUCGCACUGCAGGCCGUUUGUUCGCGCAAAGAUGGUACUAUUGGCGUCCAGCCCAGUGAGCUUGCCCGCGUGCUCACUGAGCUUGGUGGAUAUGCCGAGACGGAUUUGAUCUUCUUGAUCACUACUUCAGGAGAAAAGCUAAGAGUUUCUAUCGAAAAUGUUCGGCAAAUAGCUCCUGAAAAGGCUCGUCUAUUCAUGUUUGCGGUUGGCGAUCCAUUGAAUUGGAGAAACAUAUUGGGCCCUUGGUUGUCACGCACACGAGGAUUCGGACCCUUAGCUAACACGAAAAUUCAACUUGUUGUACGCAACGAUAAGGAAAAAGAUCGCGCAAACAGGAAGAUCAAAUGCCAAGUUAGCACAUUUGGAGAACUUCUAGAGCUCAUCAACCAUUUGGAAGAGAUGCUCAAGAUCUGCCCAGGGCUACAAAGAGCAACAACAAGCAGGCAGCCGUUUUCCUUCGAGCUAGGAAUAAAAUCACCGCCACCUACAGGAUUUCGCCUGUGGAACCGCGCACACGGAGACCCUGAAAAAAAUAGGAGAUAUCUAGAGCGCCUGACAGUCGCCUUUGCAAAUGUGUAUGAUGAAACGAAAAUUACUUGGAAGUUCGCCAAACACAGCGGCACAAUGACGCCAGAGCAAAUUCGCCAUAUUAGAGAUCUUCUGCAGAGUGACAAACCUCGGAACGCUGCUCUCGUCAGAGAAAUAUUGGCAGUAUUGGGGGUUCCAGCAGACGACAUUGCAAGACUUACUGGAAGGUUAAGUAUUCUAAUCUUCCAUGAACCAACUGAUCAAGACAAGGUGUUGCUGCGAGAAGGAGUUAUAACGGUGCGCUGCCCACAAACCCCAACCAGCUACUCUUCCUAA